CUUUCACGCCCGGCGGUCCCAGGACUAUGGGAAAGAGGGAGUGGGCGUUCCGGCUUCGGAGGACCCCGCCGCGAGCCCCGGAAGCGCCUCGUUCCGUGCGGCGGUAGUGCCGGGCGCCGUGAUGGCUGUGGGGCUGGGAGGCUGAGGGCGGGAGUAAGAGCGGCCCUGCGCCCAGAUUCUCGGUGGCCGCUGCUCAAACUCCGCUUGCACCAUGGCCACUUCCGCCGCCUCCUCAGAGCAUUUCGAGAAGCUGCACGAGAUCUUCCGCGGUCUCCAUGAGGACUUACGAGGGGUGCCUGAGCGGCUGCUGGGGACGGCGGGGACCGAAGAGAAGAAGAAGUUGAUCCGAGAUUUUGAUGAAAAACAACAGGAAGCAAAUGAAACGCUGGCAGAGAUGGAGGAGGAACUACGUUAUGCACCCUUAUCUUUCCGUAACCCCAUGAUGUCCAAACUUCGAAACUACCGGAAGGACUUGGCCAAACUCCAUCGGGAGGUGAGAAACACACCUUUGACAACCACACCUGGGGGCCGAGGAGAUAUGAAAUACAGCACAUAUGCUGUGGAGAACGAGCACGUGAAUCAGCUACAGUCUCAAAGGGUAUUGCUUCUGCAAGGCACCGACAGCCUGAACCGGGCCACCCAGAGUAUUGAGCGUUCUCAUCGGAUUGCCACAGAGACUGACCAGAUUGGCUCAGAAAUCAUAGAGGAGCUAGGGGAGCAACGAGAACAAUUGGAACGUACCAAGAGCAGACUGGUAAACACAAGUGAAAACUUGAGCAAAAGUCGAAAGAUUCUCCGGUCAAUGUCCAGAAAAGUGGUGACCAAUAAGCUGCUGCUUUCCAUCAUCAUCUUACUGGAGCUCGCCAUCCUGGGAGGCCUGGUUUACUACAAAUUCUUUCGCAAGCACUGAACUUCCUAUAGAUAUGAAGGAUUUGUGGACCAGAACUCUGACCCUGUGAAUGAAUGAUGUUAGAGACAUGGAGUAAGUGAGCUGCUGCUGUAGGCUAACAGUUCAAGGAUGCACUGUACAAACUGUGGGACGAGGGUGGGAAGACAGAAAGCCACUUAAUGUGAAGGAACACCAACAAGGCCAGAAUGAUAUACCAAGGUAAUAAAUGCUGUUUAUGACUUCUUUAAA